CAAGGCCCCUAAUAGUGUGGGGCUCAUGCCUGCUACUUCUCUAGGUUAGUGGUAUUUGUAGGUACAGCGUCGCCUGUAAACUUGAUAAGAUAAACAGUGCUCAUGGUCAAGCUCCAAGCUCCGACCUCACGUCAAUCAUUUCAACUGCCUACCUCCAAACUAUUUAAACAGCGCGCGCGCGCGACAUCGCAGCCGAUACAAUAAAUCAAAUGCAUUUCGGGAGCUGAUUGAUCGCAUCGAUAUUACCGGUCUGCAAACCAUUCGAUCCUCCAAACCCGCAUCUCCUUCAAGAAAUGUCGUCCAUUUACAAUCUCGAACCUCAACCGACCGCAUCCGUCAUUCUAAACACGACCAUUGGAGAUCUAUCUAUUGAGCUCUUCGCGAAGCAAACCCCGCUAACAUGUCGCAACUUCUUGCAAUUGUGCCUCGAUGGCUAUUAUGACAACACCAUAUUCCACCGACUGGUUCCGGGUUUCAUCAUCCAGGGAGGUGAUCCUACAGGUACUGGUAAUGGAGGCGAAUGCAUUUACGAUGGCGGCGCGCUCAGUGGCGACCUGGACCCAUGGCCGAUGGACCAGCGACGAGGGAAGAAUGCAGGACCAACAGGCGUGAACUUUAAGGAUGAAUUCCAUUCACGCUUGAAAUUCAACCGGAGAGGCUUGCUUGGAAUGGCAAACGAGGGAAAACCCGACACAAACGGGAGCCAGUUCUUCUUCACCCUGGACAAGACUGAAGAGUUAAAUAAUAAGAACACCGUCUUCGGGCGAGUUGUGGGUGAUACUAUAUAUAAUCUCGCGCGUAUGGGCGAGGCAGAAGUCGCUGAAGGCAGCGAAAGGCCUCUAUACCCCAUCAAGAUCACUGGUGCGGAGAUAUUGGCCAACCCCUUCGAUGACAUGAAGAAGAGGAUACGCACAGCUCAGCCAACAACGUCCGGCGUUGCGGCUGAGAAGAAGAAGAAGAAACCGAAGAACGGCAAGAAACUGUUAAGUUUUGAUGACGAGGAAGGUGAUACCGAUGCGCCUGUGAUCAAGAAAGCGAAGUUCGAUUCACGUAUCGUAAUGGAUGUAGAUGCGAAGGAUGAAGUUACAGUGAAGAAACCAGCGACCGCGAAGCAGAAAGAAGAGAAACCUUUACGCAAAACCAUGCCCGUUCGAGAAACGCAACCUGAUACACCCAAGGUAGAAAAGGCCCCAUCACCACCUUCAGAAAAGCGGCCUAUACCUGCACGCCCUGAAACCUCACCUGAAAGGGAAGUGAUACCAAAGAAGUCAGCGCUGGAACAAGCAAACGAAGAGAUAGCUGCCUUGAAGGCGUCUAUGAAACGGACAAUACACUCGGAACCGGUGCAGGAAACGAAGAAAUCCGCUUUGGAACAGAUGAUUCCUACAACUUCAUCACGCGGUCGGAAACGGCGUAGAGGAGGUGAAAAUGCCAGUACAGAUGACGAUCUAUCUAUGUUCCAGGCGUUCAAGGCCAAAUUGAAGCAAGCAGGGCCAGAAAAGGAACAGCCUACGGUAUCAUUAGGUGAUGCCGAAGAGAAAGCAGACGUCCCCAUGGAAGGCGAAGCUGCAUUAUGCGACCUACAUUUCAUAGCCAACUGUCAAAGCUGUACAUCGUGGGACAAGGUAGAGAAGGAAGACAGCGACGACGAAGGGUGGAUGUCCCAUUCUCUUAGCUUCGCCGCUGAUAAGCUGGGUAAGGACCUAAGCUACAGGAAGAAAGCCGAGGAGGAGUUAGUUGUGAUAGACCCGAGGGAGAAAGCUCGCACGCUCAAAGAGGAGAGGCGGGCCCAGAGAGACGCUCAAUCGGGAAGAUCGGGACGGGAAUGGGAUCAGGCAAGGCUUGCCAAGUUAGCUAGAUCGUCGGCCCUUGCUGGUAGGGGAGCCAGAUGAGAUACAAAUUUUAAUUUGACAAAUUACAUAAUCAUUGAAUGAAGACACAAAUUGUCCCUUGAUGCAAAUCGCGAUCUGCGUGUUUGCAGCUCCGCAUUUAGUUAUUUCACGGGAUUUGAUAUCAAAGAAACAGGUUUUCAUCUUGAUAUCUCGGGGAGUUCGCGUUUUGGAACAAGUCAGGUGUAGCGUACAUAGUCCGUGGGAGUUGAGCACAUGUUCGCGAGCGUUUGCCGGGUGCCUAAUUAUGGUAGUAUUAUACCCUUGGAGGUCAAACCGUUACCACCGAAUCCUGAAGAAUAAACGUUGAAACCACACUAGGUAAA